UACAUCACCUACGGCACACUACUGACUCUUUUCAGUUGUUUCUGUAACAGCAAAGUGCACUCACUAGGAGUAGUCUGAAUUCAAAAUGCUGAAGAGAAAACCAUCUAAUGUUUCAGAGAAGGAGAAACAUCAAAAACCAAAGCGCAGCAGCAGUUUUGGGAAUUUUGAUCGUUUUCGGAAUAAUUCCAUAUCAAAACCAGAUGAUUCAACUGAGGCACCUGAAUGGGAACCCACAACUGAAAGUGGAGAACAAAAUAAAACUUCAAGUAAUGGAGGAGGUCUAGGGAAAAAAAUGAGAGGCAUUUCAUGGACCAUGAAGAAAAAAGUGGGUAAAAAGUACAUUAAGGCCCUUUCUGAGGAAAAGGAUGGGGAAGAUGGAGAGGAUGCCCUCCCAUGUCGGAAUAGUGACCCCAUGAUUGGGACCCACACAGAGAAAGUCUCCCUCAAAGCCAGUGACUCCAUGGAUAGUCUCUACAGUGGGCAGAGCUCAUCAAGUGGAAUAACAAGCUGUUCAGAUAGUGCAAGUAACCGAGACAGCUUUCGACUGGAUGAUGAUGGCCCCUACACAGGACCAUUCUGUGGCCGUGCCAGAGUGCAUACAGAUUUCACUCCAAGUCCCUAUGACACUGAUUCCCUCAAAAUCAAGAAAGGAGAUAUCAUCGACAUCAUCUGCAAAACACCAAUGGGCAUGUGGACGGGAAUGUUGAACAAUAAGGUGGGAAACUUCAAAUUCAUUUAUGUGGAUGUCAUCUCAGAAGAAGAAGCAGCCCCCAAGAAAAUAAAAGCACACAGAAGGAGUAAAAAUGAAAAACCCAAGACCCUGCAGGAGUUCUUAGAGAGGAUUCACCUUCAGGAUUAUACCUCAACACUUCUGCUCAACGGUUAUGAGACCCUAGAAGAUUUAAAGGAUAUAAAAGAGAGUCAUCUCAUUGAAUUAAAUAUUGAAAACCCAGAAGACAGGAUGAGGUUACUAUCAGCUGCUGAAAGUUUCCUUGAUGAAGAAAUUAUUGAAGAACAAGAAAAUGAAUCUGUGCCCCUAUCCUUAAGCCCAGACAUUUCCUUAAAUAAGUCACAGUUAGAUGACUGCCCAAGGGACUCUGGUUGUUACAUCUCAUCAGAAAAUUCAGAUAAUGGCAAAGAAGAUCUAGAGUCUGAAAAUCUGCCUGACAUGGUACAGAAGAUGACUAUCACAGAGCCAAGUGACUGAACACACAUUCUCAACUAUGUAUCUACAGAUGCCAUCCAUUUUAAUUCUUCCUGUGCCACAAGAUCACAUGGAGGAAAAAAGAUGUUUGUAAAUACAACCCAAAGUUAAAAUGUUUUAAUCUGAGGUUAUUGUACAUAAGAGUUCAUAGCUCUAACUUUCCUAAUUAUUAUAUAUUUGUAUACAUUAAUAAAAAUGUAUAUUUAUUUUAAAUACUAUUUGUUAAUAUUUCACUUGCCUCUGUUAGAGAAGGUACAAUGUAAGACUUUUCUGUGUGAUAUAUGCUUUAUUAGACUUUAUUUUAUAAGUGAAGAGGAUAAAAGUGAAAAAAAAAACUACUUUUUUACUUGUCAGUUUUGAAUUUGUGCCUAAUAGUGAAAAAUAGUUUUACAGGGUAUUUCUGUUGAAUCAAUUUGUCCAAGCAGAAUCUAAAUUCAUUGUUGCAUUUAUUAGAAUGUGUGAGUUAAUAUUGGAGACAUUUUAUCCUGAUCCACAGUAGAAUUUUAGUAAUUAUUUUUGUUGCUUUCUUCACUCUGUUAUCUGGUAUAAAAAUAUAGAGAACAAUAUGUUAUCACUCUUGAUUUAACAAGAUUAAUGUUAAUAAUUGUGAAGGUGUUUUCAAAUGUUAAUGUUUUUAAUUUUUAUAUUUCCUAACGUUAAUAAUAAAAAGAACUAUAUGCAUGGUA